AUGCCGCAUUCCGUACCUGUUCCCCCAACGGGCUUUCAAAGUAUUGUACUUUGUGGCCCUGGUGUCUCGCUCAAUACAUUUACUUCCAACCCUGAAGAAUACCCAAAAUGUCUUCUCCCGAUCGCCAAUCGGCCUAUGAUCUACUAUGCCCUAGAUUUCUGUAGAAGAAUGGGCAUCACUGAUGUCACACUGGUCACUCCUCCUUGCUCUCUCGCUCCGCUUCAAGCAGCUCUCCGUCAAAACCCUCACCUCACCUCACUUCCCACGCCAUCCGUCAUCGCACCAAAGGAACUUGAAAUGACCACCGGUACAGCAGAGCUCCUCCGUCUCCCUGAGGUGCAAAACUGUAUCAAGUCCGACUUCCUCCUCCUUCCAUGUGAUCUGGUUUGCGAUCUCCCGGGCGAGUCUCUUCUCGAGGCAUGGAUGGUUUCUGGGGGUGAAAAGGGUCGCCGAAAUGGCCUCAGCAUGUAUUACCAGACACAGGGUCGGGAGGAGAGCGUUAAGGGCGAAACCGCCGACUUCGUGGCCGUUGCACCACUUGAACAAUCCGAGGCCCCUACUGUGUCUCUUUCCGAGCUUCGCGCCCACCUUUCCAAGCUCGUUCUCUCCAUGUCCAUGGACACCUUGAAGGAGAAGCUAGAAAAUGAUAAGGGCUUCCUUAUGCGUCACACCCUAGUGGACAAGCAUGCGCAAGUCAAAAUGUUGACCAGCUUCCGCGAUGCACACAUUUAUAUUCUACCCCACUGGGUCAAAGAUAUGGCCCGUUUGAAUGAACAGUUUCAGUCAGUUAGCGAAGACUUGAUUGGCUGGUGGGCCAAGUCCGAAUGGCAACGAGGCCUCAGCGAAAAGCUGAAGAUCAACGAAAUCUUCCAAAGCAAACCUCGCGGCCAUUCUAUUGACGAGGAUGAUAGCCACGACGGUGAAUCCUUCGACGGCGAGGGCGCUCUAGAAGAGGAGAUCAAUCUCCAAGGUAUGAGCACCACCAAAGCCACCUCGGCUCCUAAGUCCCAAGUCGAGGAGUCCGCAGAAGCCUCCCACCUACCACCCAUGCUCGCCUAUGUCCAGAGGAGCAAAUCGCCAUUCACCAGACGAGUCGAUUCCUCGGCUCUGCUUCUAUCUACCUCCCUCCGUCUCGCCAAACUGGAAUCCAUUGAAGAGGUCGGUCGUGUUGCUGCGUCUUCAUUCGCCCAUUCCACCAAAAUCGCCUACCCGCAGGGUAUCGCGCAGCGGUGCACCGUGACGAAGGCCGACUGUCUCUUAGACAUCAACACGACUGUUGAGGAAAAGUGUGUCAUUAAGGAGAGCUGUAUUGGCGCCAACGUCCAAAUUGCCAGCGGUGCGCGGUUGACUCGUUGCUUGAUCAUGGAUGGCGCGGUUAUUGGCUCAAGGGCACAAUUGACUGGAUGCAUUGUGGGACGCCGGAGUAAGAUCGGUCGUGAAUCUGUGCUGAAAGAUUGCGAAGUUCAGGAUGGGAACGUUGUUCCUGAUGAAACAGAUGCUAAGAAUGAGAAGUUUAUGGUCUUCGGGGGUCUUGAUGAUCAUGACAUGGAUGAUUCGGAUGGUUCUGAGCUCUGA